AUGAACGUGCGGAGCGGGGUUGUGGUGGUUGCGGUGAUGGAGCUGCUGACACUGAUAUCACUGCUGUAUUAUUCGAACGAGUUACAUAACCUGCAAAGCAAACGUGCAAACCUCAUUCAAACAGAGGAGGAGAUCAGGCGGUCCAUUCUGAAUUCGGAAGUCAUGAAGGUGGAAGGAGCUGUGGCUCAGAAGGCUUCCAAAAAGGAUCCUGCUGCUCAGCAACCUGCGAGAAACUAUCCUUCAGUCGCGAGCAUGGCUGCUCGAGCUCCUUCGAUCAGGGGAAACGAUUACCUGUACGGAGAGGGGGCACCGCUUCAAUCGAAAUCGUCGGCUGAAGGCUCUUCAGCAGCUGCCGACAGGAAGAUCGAUGACUCGGCGAUAGCGUUCCGGCACAACCAGAUCCUUUCAGCUCCGAAUCUCAACAUGAGACUGCUGGGGAACACGACAAGGCUGAUCUCGCAGAGGCCUACGCAGGAAUACUUUCACUUCGAGCAGGACCUGAAGCGUGUGCAAGCUGCCAAUCUCAAGCCUCUUGAGAAGCAACUCACCCUGGACCCGGACAAGCUGGAGAACCUGCUCAAAGACAAAGUUGCGUUGCCAGCGGCAGCGGCAGCGGAAGACUGGGAGGUGUGGUGGCAUGAUGGUAAAGUGAAUGUCCAGAAAUUCGUACAUCGAGCUUCGGCAGAAGCUGUUUUCUUCUCUUUCAAUCAGGAUGUUGCCAGACGUUUGAUGUAUCAAGGUAGAGAGGUGAAGAGAUUUGUGUGGAAUAAUGAUCCAUGGCCGAUUGAGUGGAACCCUAUUCCUGCUAAGGAUGCUGCAGUAGAGAAGAAGGAGAUCUUCAAUGUGCCGGCAAAAGCGAGUGGUAGUCCGGAUGCUGCUGCUUGGGGUCUUGAUCGCUACAAGGGGAUGGGAAGCUCGAUUUCAAGCUCCGGUGCACAAGCAGUGCAGGCUAAGCAAGAAGAACUUCAGUCAGGAGGGAAAAUGCGACAAGUAGGAAAGCGACCCGACGAAGCUGCGAUCAGCAAGAUGUCUCGGGUUCCACGGGAGCAGUUCAUUGGGGAGAUGGACGUGAGGACUGGAGGAGGGAUAAUGUCAGGAGACGAUAUCUCCAUCAGCACCCAUCUCACCGUGGAUCGACUUGAUCGUCUGCAAAGUUACUUCAGGCGAUGGGCAGGGCCGAUGGUUGCCUGUAUCUAUAUUCGGAACAAGCUGGAAGAGAAGGAGCUUGUCGAUCGAUUUGUGAAGGCUCUUGACGUCGAGGGAAGGAAGAACUAUCACUUGAUAUUGGCCAAUGCAAGGGAUGCCACCACGUACCCGGCAAAUAUUCUCAGAAACUUGGCCUUGGAAACUGUCAAGUCUACUUUUGUUUUCCUCCUCGACAUCGACCUUAUCCCUGACCCGGGAUUCUACAAGUCGCUGCAAUCUCAGAUCAACGUCCUUCGGGUGAUGUCCAAGAACCAUGUCUUCACGAUCCCUGCCUUCCAGGGUGUUGGGGCAGCAGCCUCUACGGAGACUCAGUUUCCUGUGGACAAGGACGAUCUGAUGACGCUGCUACGAGCUGCCAAGAUAAAGCCAAUUCUUUCAGGAAAGGAUGAGUUCUGGCCAGCGUUCAGCUGCCUCAACUACGAUGCCUGGUACAAUGCCACCCAGUCCUAUCUCGCAGACUACCGCUGGCCGUGCGAGCCUUACCUGCUAGGGGCUACUUCCUCGAUGCCGUUCUUCGACGAGAGAUUCAUCCACUACGGCAACGACAAGGCCCAGCACGUGCUCAGCCUCUUCUACAAGCAGUUCAAGUUCGCCGUCCUGCCGUUCCACUUCCUGGUGCAUUGGACCCACGAGCUGUCGGGGUGGGCCAACCAGCAGAAGAGGAACGCUCACUUUGGGGAGGUGAUGGAACUGACUGAGCAGUUCAAGUUCGAGUCUGGCACGCAGGCCGGUGUCAACUGGCAUACCGGGAUCAGGUUCUCCCCUGGGACGUACAGGGUCAAGGACGGCAAGCGCAUCGUGUGGAACGGGGAAGCAUGGAUCGACGAGUCGACAGGGAAGCCGACAGAUCCGCUAGCUUAA